UCCAUCGCGAUGGGCAUAGCGCUCGGGUACUUUGUACGCGCUGUUUACCGUGGUUUCAAAUUUUGUUGCGGAGCGCGACGAGCACCGGUCAGAAGAGAGUCAAACUCGCGCGGCAGCGCUGGCGCCGCGUACGUUUACACGAAUUUGGAUUCGGUUGUCGCGGAAGGCGAGGGAGCCGCAGGUGAAGAUGCACAGAAGCAAGACGGCAAACGCCCUUCGGGUCCGCCCGUCACAAAGGACGUCCUCCCUCUAGACGCUGCUUCCGCAUCUUUUGAAGACAGUGUAGCUGCGGAAGCCGACCUUCUGCGGGAUAUUGCAGCUUCUCGGCCCAUACGGUCGACCGGUUUUGGUUCCCUUUAUCGCCGCAUCACGGGCCGCCUGAGUCAAAAUCCGGACCGCGCGGCCGAGGGUCCGUUGGAUGCGGACUCGCCAGUGCGCGGACUUGGGAGAAAAAAAGAAGAUGGGGCCGAACCUCCAGACAUAGCUGGCAGUGCGCCUCAGUUGGUGGACAGUGCUCGAACAGAAUCCGAUAAGCAAUUAAUGGAUUCUCGAAAGCGCGCAGAUCGGGCGAUAAAUAUUGAUGCUGAGGAUGAGAUGGUAGAGGUAGUCCCUUCUUAAGUAGCUUUUCGUACACGCUUGGCUAGUCAUGUACUUCCCGGCCUCUCUUACGUAUUGAACCUUGCGUUGAAUUCCGUCAGCGACUCUCCAACUUUUAAACGAACGUGCUACUUCACUCGCAGCAUGUGGCACGCUUAACCUUAAAGGAUGAAACUUGUGUCACUUAAGGGACAGGCGGCGAGGCACUUAAUUGCCUCGCUGGUUGCUCUCUUGUCACCGCACUUGCAGACCUGGCCCGCCGUAGAUAAAAGGUGAUCGCGGGUUCAGUACAUGCGCACUCUUGUCUCGGUGCCAGCACGCUAUAUAUUGGCUUCCUGAGUGAAACGGGCGCCUGUAUGUCUUCCUUUUUAACAUCCAUCACUCAGGACAUGGGCGCGCUGCGGGAAUCCGCUGUUCCCCGCAGCAGUUCUGCCGACUAUCGAGCAAACUCUCGCUUAAGCAGCAAGGCGCUCGCCAGUAGCGCCUCGGCGCGUACGCUCCUGCAGCACAUAGCAAUUACAGCAAAGGCAAUUACAGUCUUGGCAGUAGUGUUGUCGCUGUUUUGGGUUGCAGAGCAAGUUGCGGAAACGACAAACCAUGCAGUGCGCCUCGAGCCGCUCUUAGUCAGCUCAUUUUUGGCAUGUCUCGUUGGUCACGACCCGGACAUUCGCGAGGAGUUAUCAGAAAUCAUCACAACAUUUACGCCUCACGUUUUCUUGCCGUUUUUUACGAUCACUGGAGCGAGCUUGAGACUCCGGGUUCUAUUCUCGUUGGCGGACACCGCGCUGUUGAUCUUUGUGUUGCGCUUUGCUGCGGUGAUGGCCGGGUGCUACGUGGCUAGCGUUUUUUUAGCUCGCGGAAGAAGAUCACAAAAUAAUAGCGAUCGCGGCUCAAGAAGAACAGAAAACGAGGAGAGUGAUGCAACGACGGAAACGCAGAGGGAAGUCAUCGAAACCGGUCAGCCGUCAGAUCAUGUUGAGAACUUUCUCGCUAAAAAUGUUUAUGCCAUGCGCCACACCAUGGGCUUGACCAUGCUUUCACAAGCGGGGGUUGCUUUGGGUUUGGCCCUCGAGACUGUAGCACUGUUUUCCGACUGGGGCCAAGACGUUGCUGACGUGGUUAUCGCGGUCGUUUGCUUGAGCCAGUUAAUUGGGCCAGCCUUCGCGGUUCUGGGUUUGCAGCAAAUCACAACGGAUGUGUAACUAAGACUUCUUUUUCUAGCAUCAUCUGCUUCUGCACUUGGUCCUACCAUAACUUCUAUGCGAUAAUGUCUCUUAGGUGGUUACGUUCGACUGCGACACCAGGGACACAGACAGGGCUUCUACAUCACUUGGCUAGACUGAACAGACGACCUUUUUUGUUACUUUUACUAACUUGUUCGUUGAGUCAGUGUGAUCAUUAAUGAAUAAACGCUAGAGGAAAACUACUCGCUUUAGUUUUUUGCAACGAGGCUUCGUAACUUCAUUCACAGAUAAACAACGUUCAGAACGGGAUUCUUCAUCAGAGUAUUUCUUGUUCUUCGUUUUUACUAGCCACGAUUGCUCGAUCAGCGCAUUGCAUGCGCCACAGUUCAGCAAGUUUGUAGGCGCCUAUCCCUGUGGCCGCGCAAUGCGCCGCGCUGUUGGCUGCAAAGAAGACUAUGGGUAUGAAGUUAAGCGGCUUCCUCCUCGUGGAAGCACGCGCGCUACCAAG